UCAGUUAUGUGCUGCUGCCACCACCUUAAUAACGUUACACUGAUGGAAUCGUGAACAGUUGAAGAACGUUCAGGUUUGCCAAAGGUACCCCAGAAUUGAAUUCUUCUUAAUACACUGACCAUAUGGGAUCAAAGAAAAAUAAUCUACUGUUUUUCAAGUACUUGAGUUUGUUGUUUGUAACAACGUGAUUUAGUGUGAAAACUGGAAGAAGAAUCUUUCUGGACACUUCAAAGAUAGCUGGUAGGCAUAGCAAAAUGCUUUGUUUGAGGCAGGUUUGCUUGUUUACACUGAGGCGUUGCCAAGCUCGGACUCUGUGUAGUGAUCUGCUUUUGAACCAGAUAAAUAGCUGCACCCAUGAAGAUGAAGUGUUCAGCCUCAUUGGAAGGAAUAAGGCCAGACUUUCUGAAAAGCAUUUGGGAAUUGCAUUCAACAUGCUGUGGCAAUUGCAAAAGGAGAGGCCAUUUCUCUUAAGGACUACUGACUAUGUAAAAAAUCACUCCCAGUUUCUUACCCUUUGCGUUUUGGCAGAAAACAAGGUGAAACACAUGGAAGAUGAGGCCGUAGUGGACAUCUUAUAUAGUAUUCUGAGGCUCAAUGUUGAAGACCAUGAUUCUCUAGCACAAGCGCUUGUUACAGAAGCAUGGAGAAGGUUAGAAAGGCUUAGUUUGCCAGCUCUGUCUAAAUUCACACUGUGCUUAUACAAACAGCGCAGGCAUUUCAGUCCCAUAAUUGGCCAAGUAGCUCAUAUUGUGGACAUGAAACUGGAUUCUAUACAGGAUGUAAGGAUCUUGUCAGUUUUGAUGGUCAGCAUAUCUGAUGUUAUCUCACAGAGUUUUCGAGAUCGAUUACUACACAAGGCUGAACAGCUCUUGGAAGAAGAGAAGGAAGGCCACUUCAACUAUGCCAAAAGAUUGCUACAGUUUCUUCAAAAUGUUAAACUGAAAUAUCAUCCGUUGCUAGAAAAAUGCAACAGGAUUUUCCUGAAAAGUGCCUCCCAUCUUGAUAUCCACAGUAUUAGUAAUAUUUUUGGACUGUACGAGCAGCUGGGUUUUGACAAUGCUGAAUUCCGCUUGGUUGCUAACCAGCUGCUGUCUGAAACUAUAGAUGAUUAUUAUGAUCCUGAAACCUUUGCGAAAUUAUUUUUUGCUCUUGGGCCUAUGGCAGAAUCCAAGGUAAGAGAAAGGUUGCUAGUAACUGCAGCACACAUGGCUGAAGAAUUUAGCAGUCACCAGGUAUUGGUGAUACUGAAGACAAUGCAGAAAAUGAAAUGCAGAAAUUCUCAUCUACUUGAAAAAAUGGCUUCUGUUCUGCACAAACACUUGGAUAGCUACCAUGUAUUACAGCUGGUGAAGUUAACCCAGUACUUGACGGGGUUGCGGUGCCGCAAUUUGGAGCUGUUUGCCAAACUGAAAGUGUUACUGUUAAGUUAUUUAAAAUCUAGUGUGAUACCUGCUGAUACUGCAGCCAUAAUUCGUGUUCUGGCCAUGCUACCUUCUUUUCAAGUGGAGGAGAUGAUUAUAAACAAAGCAGCAGCAGUUCUGCCUCAAUGCAGUCUUCAUCAUUUGAAUUGCAUCGCUACAGCUCUUGUCAAAUGGAAUCAUCAUGACCAGUUGCACUGGCAAAACAGUUCUGAGCUAUGUGCAAAGCUUCUGCAAAAACUAAAUGACUGUGGAUUUGAGAGGCUUCAGAAAACCAACAGCUUAAAUCGUCUGUUGGAAGAACUUACACAUGUGAAUGGAGAGUGGUUUGAAGAAGUCCUGAAUGAGGAAACCAUGGCCAUGUGUCAACACUUGAUAGACCAAAUAACAUGGGCAAAUGUAUUACCACUGUCUUUUUUCCUCAAAAAAACAAACUGCCGUUGUCCUGCCUUAUUUGACAGAAUAGCUUCUGUGACUGUUGAAAAUAUAGACAAGAUCCACCCCUCCGAACUCUAUUUUAUUCUCCUCCUUUUCUCUACUUUGAAUUACGACAAUGAAGAGUUCUUUAAGAGUUGUAUCCAACAUCUUACUUCUAACUUGAGUUGUUUUGAAGUUUAUCACUUGGUGCUGCUUGGUCAUGUUUUGGCAGUGGCUGGGUAUUUUCCUCCAGUUCUGAUAACGACGAUAUUUAAUGUUUCUUUCCUAAGCAAACUGGAUGCUCAACUUAAAGUCCUGCCUGACACUGUAAAGCAGAGUGUCUGCUCUUGCCUCAUGAAAUUGAACAGAGCAAUCUGUCUGGAAUGCCCGGAGUUUCACAUCCCUUGGUUUCAUGAGCAGUACUGUCAACGUGUCUCUCAUAACAGUAUGAGCCGAAUAAAUCCACUGCGACAGCAUGUUCACAGAAUGCUGACAGAGAUCUUAGGAGGGAGUCAGUACUCCAGGGUAUCUGUUCUCACGCCAUACUACUAUGAAAUAGAUUUUGAGUGUGUCCUGGAUGAAAAUAAAAAGCCUCUUUCCUAUAUGGCUCAGAAUAUACCUUUGGAUGAUGUAGGGGGAAUACACUUGAGACGUGACAUCAAGGAUGAAGGGAAAAAGGCUCUGCCACCAGGAGCUCAGAGAAUUGCUUUGGAAUUUCUUGAUUCGAGAGCUUUUAGCAAAGAUUAUUCACGUCAUCUGAAAGGAGAAGUUGCAGUGAAAAAACGGCACCUGGAAAUGCUGGGAUACCGGGUAGUUCAGAUUCCUCACUUUGAAUGGAAUUCUAUGGUUCUGUCAACAAAAGGUGAACAGCUAGAAUACCUGAGACAACAGCUGUAUGGAAUACAGUGAUGUCAGAUCUGCAGUCUAUAGUAUUUCCAUAAAAACACUUUAUGUACCACCA